AUGAACGCCAUACAAACGAGCAUACCAAUUUUACAACCAGGACUUCCGAAAUUUGGAAUAUUUACAUUGGAUCCAUUGAAAAUCGUUUCAUUGGAAAUCGGCGAGGGUUCGAAUAACAGGCCCGUUUCCAUCAAUUUGAAAUUUAAAGAUUUCUCAUUGGCUGGAAUAAGAAGUGCCGUCAUAACGAACGUCGUGAGCGAUUUAAAUAAUUACCAUCUCGAAAUCCGCGGAUAUUUAAAAGAUCCGGUCAAAAUCGAAUCCGAUUACGAAAUGAAAGGUAACAUAUUAUUUCUCCCACUUGUCGGCAAUGGAAAAUGUCAUUUGACAUUGGACGACGUCAAGGCUGCUCUCAUAUUGAAAGGUUCGCCCCUCACCAAAGAUGGUAAAGUUUACAUGGAUCUCAAAUCAUUGGAACUCAAACUCGAAACGAGUCGACUUCAUAUGAAUUUUGAAAAUCUUUUGAGCGAAAACAAAGAAGUCGGUGACAACUUGAAUCAAUUCUUGAACGAAAAUUGGAAGGAAAUUUUCGCGGAAAUAAAUCCGGCCAUAACUCAAGCUCUUGGUACGGCUUUCAAAGAAAUCGCAACGAGAUUGUUCAACAAAAUACCCUACGAUGAUGUUUUCCUACCUUGA